CAACCUGGCAGCUUCGGACGGAGCCCGAUCGGCAAUCUGGCAAUGCGGAAAUAGAUCUGGCACCCCCGGACUGAGGAGAGAAGGCGUGACGGAGCGAGCUGCAGGAGUAGAGAGAGAGGGGAUUGCGCUGACAAAGAUCAAAUAACACACACUUUCUACCCACGUUGCGUUUCUCGAUUUUUAAUUAAAGUUCUCAGGUGCGCUCAUGUGCACCAGCUGGCGCUUUCCCUCCAGCUUUUGUAGUUUAUUUUCUCCACUCUGAGAAAAAAGAAGAAGAGAAAAGAAGAAGUGCGUUUUUAAUCGCCUGUAUUACGGACUUCUUUACUUUGCCUUCUUUUUCCCUCCCUUCCUCAUCAAGCAUGGAUGUGUUGGCGAAUUACAGUAUUUUCCAGGAACUCCAACUCGUCCAUGACACUGGUUAUUUCUCGGCGAUGCCUUCCCUGGAGGAGAACUGGCAGCAGACAUGUCUAGAGUUGGAGAGGUAUCUUCAGACAGAGCCCAAGCGACUUUCUGAGCUCUUUGAUGAAGAGUUGGACAGUCUCCUAACACCGGCUUUCAUGCAAGGUGGUGACAGUGAUGAAGACAUGAUGGACCCACUCCUGCCCAGCCUCCCUGACCAGCCAAGCCCACCGCCACUACUCGUAACCCUCCCCAAGGUUCAGGCUAAGAUCCUUCAGGUUCCCAGUCCAAACAAGGUGGUGGCUGGAAAUGACACAAAGGACCAAGUCCUUGGAGGAGUCAGUGCCGCACAACUCAGUGCCGCAGUUACAUCUCUAACACCACCAUCAUCGCCAGAGCUCGGACGGCACCUUAUCAAGCCUACACAAACGCUCACCGCAACAGCAGAUGGCACAUUAACACUUAAACUGGUGGCAAAGAAGGUGGGACUAGGGGCAACCAAGUUGGUGGCGGCACGUGCAUUGCCAUCCCCACCAAACCGAGGAGGAGCCCUGAGUGACAGCGAACAGGGAGGUGGUGGAAGUCUGGGUGGAGAUAUUCCUGAGAACAAGAAGAGAGUUCACCGGUGCCAGUUUAAUGGCUGCAGGAAGGUUUACACCAAGAGCUCCCAUCUGAAGGCACAUCAGAGGACCCAUACAGGUGAGAAGCCCUAUAAGUGCUCAUGGGAAGGCUGUGAAUGGCGCUUUGCCCGCAGUGACGAGCUGACACGACACUACCGCAAACACACUGGAGCGAAACCAUUCAAGUGCAACCACUGCGACAGGUGUUUCUCUCGAUCAGACCACCUGGCCCUGCACAUGAAGAGGCACAUUUGAGGUCGAAAAGGAGAGGAGUGGACGAGGAAGACGAUUGGUGGAGGAGGAGUGACAGGAGGGAGGGAUGGGCAGAGAAGCUCAAACCGUUAAAGAAAUGGUUGCUUCACCGAGCCGUCGGAGAAGAGGGAGAAGGAGGAGACGAGGAGUAGCUAGAUUGUUGUUUUUCUUUAAUAUUACACAUUCACAUUUUGCAGUAGUACACACUUCACACAUCCGUCUUCUAUUGCAUCAUCCCGGUGAACCCUCGCUGCUCUCAUGCAGCUGGGGGUCUUGGACACUGCCAAACCAUGCUUAAAUUGCUUGAUGAAACACUGCGCCGCCUUAUUAUUUUCUUUCUGUGUAUUCAACCGUUUACAUUAUUGAGUCGUUUUGGUGAGGCAAUAGUCCAGUGGGGAAACUUUUAAAUAUUCACUUAGUCAGUGCUUUCAAAUACUCAGCUUUUUUCUUGCUGUUUUUCUACAUGGAACAUAAGGAAAUAUCAUCUGCCGCACUCUGUAAUCUAUGUGAAGAAAACAACAACGCAACGUCUGUGGGAGAGACACCAGGCAGAUCGAGACUGACAAUCCAGGCCCCCCUGAUGGGGCUCAGAUCUCUGUGCGUUUCAGGGCGCCCGUGGGAAAUCGGUCAGCAGCUGCAGCUCUCAGGCUCUCCUCCAGAGGGAGUUUGCAUCUCUCACCUUCACCAAGACGCCUGCCGCCUCCGCAGGCCAUCCAACAGAAAUGCGCAGCGACACUUUCUUCCCUUUUUUUCUACUUUAAAGAACAAUAAUCCUUCUUAUUGAUAUAAAAAAAAGAAUGACACUUUUGCGCUUUUCUCUCCUGGAGAAAGCUUCUUGGUGCACACUGAAAUGUUAGAGGAAAGACUGAAAAUCUAAGAUGACUUCAAUAGAAUGUGUGGGAAGCGAAGGAGAGCGUUGUUGGUCUUCUUAUCCCCAUGUGUACUGACUCUGCAGACUAUGAACAACCAAUAGAUGGGGCAAAGCUGAAUCAGCUCAGAGUAAAGGAUUUGUGUUUUAUUUGGACUGAAAUAAAAGCAAAAAGCAGAGAGGUAUUCAUUUUUCUCUGCUGCUCUUUCUGGUCUGCAACCCAACGCAGCUAAAAAACAAACCCCCCGGAUGACCUCCUGUGGUCCAGGAGGGAGGACUCACUUAAAAACUGGUAAAGUUUUUUUAUUCAUGAGUCUCUUCUUUUAUUCUGAAAGUCAUUCGUGUGUGUUUUCACCAACUCAGAGGAACCAUCUUCCUGGCAGCACUGAAGGGCAAGAACAGAGGCUUCAAGAGCUGCUUUUUGCUUACUUAAAUCGGACUUAAAAUGCCAGCCAACAUUAGCAUGUUGGUUCUGAACAGAACUGGUCACACAGACCCGGCGACUUUGCCUGUUUUGUAUCCAUUAACUGCAUUUACUUUUUUAUGUUAUCUGUGCUUUUUUUCUACAGCUUAAAUUAAGAAAAAAAUGGAACACAAUGAAAAAAAAUCAUAAAAGACUUUAAAAAUACAACACAAAAACAGCUCUUUCUCUCUUUACACUUUGCAUACAGAACAAGCACAUAUACUCCGUUAACACAAACACACCCAAACACACUGGAGUUUCUACGCUCCUGGUUCCUCUCAAGAUAAGACUAAUAAGAAAUAGAAAAAUAAAUAUUAAACUAAUGAGGAGAGUUGGAAAACAAAUGCAGCAUGGCAGGCUUUAUUGCAAACACACACCCACUGCAGCUCAUGAACACAGACAGACACACACACACUCUUCGUGGAAUUAUAUGUUCUGUUCCCAAAUCUUUUUUCACAGUAGGAAUUUAGCAACUGUUGUUUAGUGGGAGAGUAUCUUAGCUCUCGGCUGGAGGUAACAAUUCCAAAUCCUUUGAAGUGAGAAAUCGGCUUGUUCUCUGCUCCAACAAUCACCCACGGAAACCCUCGCUGCAGUUUGCACCUCAUAUUUAAUCAGUUUUUGUACUCGAGGACUCGGGUUGCAUCGUUGAUUGCAACAGACUGUAUCAGUCAGUGUUUUCAUCGGGGGAAACGGUUAAGGUAAAACAAGUGAAGCAGAUUAAAUGGUAAAACCACAAAAAUCCUGCAUAGUGGGUUUUGCAGCCAGAAGCGAUGGCACAGCUGUUUCUUUAAAAUGCAGUAAAUCAGCUUCAUGGGAUCAUGGGAAAGUCUCUUAAAAGGGCAAUCUCAAAUGUUGCUAAAAAAUUUAAAUCGGAUUCUGAAAUCCCAGCUGCAGCUCUGAUUUGACAAAGGAAGUUAGGCAGCAUUAAUUUGGAAACUUUAACAUGUUCCCCUCCAGUAGUGCAUUUAGGCUCUUUCAAUAACUAGUUCAAAUUAGGUAAAGGUUACAAAUUGUCAUUGGCCACAUGAAAAAAACUACACAGCUUUUCAUUGAUUUAUUUCUCUGAGGAACAUAUAUUUUUUAGAUCUCAAAGAUACACCUAACUGUACGUUACAAUAAAAUUUAAUAACUUUCAAGCAGUUUUAACACUACCGCAGUCCUGGCUAAGCGCCAGUACAGAACAAGGCAGAUGUCACUGGAGGCGCCUGAAAGAACUGCACGUAGGGUUGCUCUGACCUCUGCAGGACCAAAAAUCUAGGGGAGUGGUCGGAAAUGUGAUGUGGAGGAAUCCCUGUACCCGGCGUGUGGGAAACACCGAAAGAGACGGGAAAACUCGAGUUGUCACAUAGGUCCAUGCGACCCCUUCAGGACUGUGGGAGGGUUAAAAACUUGAAAACAGUUGAAAUUUUCCAAUGUUUUGAAAAUUUUACUGCCUUAUAAUCACUUUAAUCUCUAAAGUGUGACACGUCCUGAGAAUAGUACAUGUAAAGUUUCUGAAAUAUCUCUGCUAAAUAAGGCAGCAUAAAAAACACUAAAACAGAGUUCACUUGAGCCUUUACAACAUUGUUACAAUUUACACAGCUUUAUAUCAGAUACUUCAUGUGCUUCACGUUUUAUUCUCAGUUCAAGUUUCACACAGGAAGAUCAUUGGUUGCACACCUCUUCCUAACUCCAUUUCCUGUAUAAAUACUCAUCACAUUCUGUGUAGUUAGCCACCCAAUUCAAAUAGAUUAAUGGUUUAAGAUUCAUAAAAUACCAUUUGCAUUGAUCGCUAUGCCUUUUUUCAGAUCGGAGUUAUUCUGAGAUGGUAGAAGGCCACAUUGGUCUUUUCCCAUCUCGAACAGCCUGUCAGAGAUGGGAAAAGACCAAUGUUGGCUUCCACCUCAGCCACCACUUAAUUUAAAUUUAUACUAAAUGGAAAUACCAGGAGAUUUAUAUUUGCUGGUAAGAUAUUAAAUACUAAUAACCUCUCUUAAAAAAAAACCCUGAACUAUCUCUUUGAGACCUAAAUGCUAACAAUCCUAUCAGUUAUACCUGCUUUGAAACCAAUUUGAUCUAGAAUUCUCCCCACUAAUCAGUAAUUCACUUGUUAAACUAAAUUUAGGCAAAUCCCUUUGACAUUGCUUCCUAAUUCAUGCAGAAUGAUUUGCAAUAAUGCAUUUAGAAAUAAUCAACUAGUAUUAAAGAAGCCCAGGUAGCUAACAAUGAAAUGUCUCACAAAAUAACAAGAAAUCUGUUUUUUCAGUAGGAAAACUGUAAUUUGUCACAUCACCUGCUGGGUUUCCAGAACCACACUUGUACGUUUUUUUAAUGUGACUUGAAUGUAAAUUACACUAUACCUACAUAAAAUAUUUGAAACACACAUGCUUAUUGCCAGCUUUUUUUGCUUAGUAGUUCCAAGAAAAACAACAACACAAUCCUUGCAAUCCGGGCUUUCAACGCCAACGCUCUCACGGCUGCUCCAUCCGCCCACCAACACCUACAUGCCCUGCAGCGUAUGCAAACAGUCCAAUACUCACUGCUGCUCGCUGAUGCAGUUGGGUGAGGGUGCAGGUUCCUGAAGCUGGUGGGGAAUUUUAAAUCCCAGCAUGCCCAGUCAUUGUGCCAGUUGGCCUUGCCAGCAUUCAUUAGGUGAAACAGUGAAAAAAUCCCCCUCAGGGGUGGGGUGGGGGGGUAUAUGGUGCAGCUUUGAACAAUCGAUACCAAAAACCUCCAGCAUGGAACUGCCCUUCAGCCAUGAGCAGAGUCUCCUCGGUCAGAGGAGAUCAGCGGGGCACCGCCUCCAUACGAGUCCUGUGUAUCUAACGGCAGCUUUCUCUACUAACUCUUCCUGUCUAUUAAAUACAGUCAGAGUAUAAAGUAAGUGCACCCUUUUCAAUUCUAUGGUUUUACCCACCAGGACCUCCUUAGCAGAAUAUCUGGUCUUAACAAGGUUUGAAAUUAGGUAAACAAUUUCAGAAAACUAUCAUACCAUGUCAUUAAUUCCUUAACAAAAAUGGAGAAACAGUUUGUGUAAAAACCUUGUACAACAUUACUGCAUUCAUGGAACUUAGAUGGUGAAAUAGCACCAAAGCCAUACACUGAAAUAAAAUCAUCAAAGAAAACCACCUUGUCAAAAACGUAAAUGUUUUUUUGAUGCAGCAAAACUUAGAUUGAAAAGAGGGUGCAAAUAUUUUAUCAUGACCAUCUGAAAAAGCAGCUCAUGUUUUUAAUUAUUAAACACAAAAUCUAUGUUGAUCAUUCUUUUCUAUUUCUAUUUAUUUUUCAUUUUGCAUAAAGAUGUGGAUGGAAGCUUUCCUAUAUGGGAUGUACAAUCACGAGGAAUAGAGAUUGUUGCACUUUUGUGAGACUUUUGAUGGCUUGAAUGUGUUUAUGUUUGUUUUUGUUUGUUUACCCCAUUAUGCAUACUGUGAGCACAUUGCCCGUAUAUCAAUGGUUUUAACUGCUUAUGUAGUUUGCACCUAUGUUGGGGAGACAUAUUAUGAUACUGUUGGAGUUGGAUAUUUUUAAGUCCCAAAAAGUAUUGAUGUAUUUCUUAGGGUUUUGUUCUGGCUCUUCAUUUUGUCACUCAUCAAUAUAUGUCACAGAGCUUAAUGAAUAACAGAAAAACAUAGAAAAAUCCAAUGACGUCAUGCAUUUUCAGUGUGAUUAGAGUCCAGUUAAAACUACAGCUCUGCCAAAUAGUGGACAAAUAAAUUAUAUUCCUAAAUCAAAAUUUUCCCCAACCAUUGACAAAUUUCAGAGUCACUUCAGAUACAGUUUCACAUCUGGUCCCCUUUCUGUCUCUCAGCCUGUCAAAGCAGGUUUCCUGUCACAGUGUAGCUCCGGGUCCCCUGUCGUCUGGGAGGCUCAUCCAGGGCGGCUAGCUGCCAUGGCACAGCUCUGAUUAGCAUUGUAACUCCCAGCCCUUCUUGCAGUUGAGCUAAUGAGAUAUCUCUGACUCUUGGGGAAACAGAGUAGUCUGGGUACAAGAAUAAAAAAAAGAAAAACAGGGGGGACCUUGAGCCACACAGAUGCCAGCUGCCCACAGCCAGUAGAUAGAUCCAAUCUGGAACCAAUAGAAAGCCUUUUAGCACAGAGAACCAGGACAUGGUGAGACUUGUCAAAAAAAUCUAAGCUUAAAAAAAAAACUGAUUUUGCAUAUUAAUAUUAACAUCAUUUAAUAAAAUAUUCUGCCUUAUCUCACUGAUAACAGAUAAAAUAAAUGACAAUUUCUCAGCAGAGUCCCAACAGGUAUUUAAUCCUUGUCCCCAAUCCUCCACCUUCUUUCACAAUUAAAGUGCCAUUCUAAUUUGUUUCCAUCCAUCCUCACCUCACCUCUCCCUUUCUGUCCGCAGCAGUUGUACAUGCACUGUCAGCUGCAGGAAUGCUGAGUGCACACUUUACACAUUUUGCCCAAAGAUUUGCAUAUUUGCAAGUUAACUGCUGUGAAUGUAGUAGAUGUAGUAGAACGAUGCGAGAGGGACGCAGAAAACGAGAGACAGAUGGAAAGUGGAAGAAAAGGGAUUGUUUUUCUUACAUGACCAUCCCAGUAGAUCUUAAUUACAGACAUGCUCCUACUCUCCAUGCUCCAUAACAUUACAAGUCUGCUUUAAACUGGAGCCGAACUCAUUGCUCAUAAAUGUAAAAUACGGUUUUUGUGGUCUUAUAGGGUGCCCAGUGUUGCGGCGCUAGCAGCUUCAGCUGGAGUGAAGUAGUUUUAGUUCAACAUAGCCAUUUAGCAUACUGCAGAUCACACAGUCAAGUCUCUUUCAAAAUUAAAAUGUUAAGCUAAUGUGGAAUCUAAAGGAAUGUCAUCAUCUCUGGUCAAAAAUGACCAUUGUUAUGGAUCUGUAAAGGUCAAGGAAAGUUAAUUUAACACCAGAUAAUGUACUAAAAACAUUUACUCUGGAAUCUGAACCAAAACACUUGGUAAUAUGAUUAUUUUAUGGGUUUAGGGGCAGAAGAACUAAUCGCACCUGAAAAGAAACGUAUAUGUUCAUCUAAAUUUGGUUACAGAGGAACGUCUUAAGUUUACAAGUUUACCUUUAUGUUCUACUUUAUUGGGCACACAUUUCGGAAAAUUGUAUUCUAAAUUGCAUCUAAUGUGGUGUAUUGGAAAUUUUUGAAUCAGUUCUGUUAUAAUAAUCUCUUUUAAAGCAAUUUGCACCAACUAAAAUAUAUACAUUUCAAACUUUUGCAUGAUUUUUCACCCUUCAGUUUCAUUUGAGAAUCAUCAAACAAUAUAUUUUUUUAAUAUUUCAUUGUAUUAUGUGUUUAAAGAAUUAUGGCACACAAAUCCAUGCUUCUUUUCUGGAUGCAAACUAGUAUGAUUCAGGUAUAUAGCAACUAACCUCUGAUGCCUAUUCUACAGAUUACUUCUUUGGUUGUGUUCUCAUGUACUUUAGUUCCCUAAUGCAGACCAAAGCAGAUGUUAAGUUUCAUCUGGUUUACUUUUAUUAUUUAUUUCCUGCAGUAAGUUCAGGCUGUUACUUUUUCAUACCCAUGUCAUAGCAUUUGAUGUCAUUCAUAAAUACACGAUAGUAAAUGAUGUCUUUGAGAUACAGGCCUUGGGUAGUCUGUGGUGCAUUCAAAAUAAUGUUUUAUGGGUACAACAGAAAUCUUGUUCUAGGUUUGCUAGCUAGUUGUUUAAAUAAUCAACUUGCUUUAUACAUAGCUAGGUAAAUAACUAAUCUUGUUAAUCUAGGUACUAACUAUCUCAAUAACUAGUUAGCUCAUUAUCAGUUGACUAGCUUGUGUGUUUAUUAUUUUUUCUCCAACAAGGAAAACCAAUUCCUGCCAUGUUAUGACAAUCGCAUAAAAUAUUGCCACUUUAUGUAGUAUAACUGGCAUAUGUGUACAACAAGCAUGAUAUCAGUAUCACUAUCUAAACACAAUUUAGCUGUAUAUAACAGAACUGUUUCAUUAAUUGCCCUUAAACUACUCUCCCAGUAAACCCAGUAUCGCUUAGGGGUGUAAUCUGCAUUUAAGGUGUAUUAACAAAUGAAGAUAAUAAAAUAGCCUCUCAAAUCAGUAAAGAAUAGUCAAUAAAAGAGCAGAUGUUUAGGAACAGACCUUCAUGUAUGUUUAGAUUAGUGUUUUAAACUCAGAAAAUGACCUUUAGUCAUACUUUCUGGGCCCAAGUAGAAGAUUCCUCUGAGAAACCAAGUUUUGUUUCCGCAGCAUUCCACCACCUUGUCAAGAAGAGAAAUUGUUACUUCUGGCAGCUUUUGUAAAUAGCCUAAGAUCUUACACACAGACUUCUCUGUGUGCAAUUAUUGAUGUCGUGACGCCGCACCGUCUAAGACAUUUCUCUGGAUCUGCUUUAGUUCUUGCAACCAUUGCACUACGUGAUCAUACUUAGCUCUUGCACUAUACAUGUGCACGCACUGCUAGCAUAGUCUGUUUGAGCACUCUGUCAGAUAUCCACUUAACAUUUAAUACACAACCCGAAUGCACCUUGCCACCAAGAAUUGUUUUCUGCUGGUCUAGUCUCAACAGAUCAGACUGAUCUGUUUAGCCCUCCAGUGAAAUGCCCUUUUCAUCACUGUUACCCUGGGGGAGUCCAUUGUACCACACAAACCUUCAGUCCUGCUGUGACUUGGUUGAUUUUUCUUGGCAUCAGUGCCAUCCCGAAGUGACUCCUUGUGUAACUACUGUGUUUGUCCAUGCUUGUUGUGUCCAUAUGUAAGAGAUUCACACAUUUUAACCCACCUUUUUGUCUUGUAUUUUUACUUUACUCACCCUGAACCCUCCUCACCCAAACCUCAAUAGUCAGAGCCCUCUGUGGCCAAGCAUGUUUAUAUAUCCAGCUGCUCUGAGGAGUUUUCUCUUGAGCUGUGCAGUUCUUUGGUGAAACUGCAAUACGUUUUCUGAAUUGACAGCAAACCUUUACAUUACAAUCCACCAAUCUUUAGUUUUUCUCUGUCGGUGCUCUUAUUCUAGUUUUUACUUUCUCUGUUUUCUCACGUAGUAAACGUUUCUGUUAUUUUUUUGUUUUGGCCUGUUUUGUUCUACCUCUAAAUAUAUGAAAAUAUGAUUGGUAUUAAAAGUGUCUGACCUUGCUAAAACAUUUAAUCAAACAUUACAGUGUUUUGUUAACUGACAAGUUCAAUCUCUUGAUUUUAAUUGGGCUAAAAAUUCUUUCGGGUGUAAUUGUUUUCAUAAUCUUCUUUCAAAAAUGUUGAAGUUAAACAUAUCUUACAACUUCCUUCAUACAUACGUUCUGUUCAGAUUUCUUUUUGUACAAAUUUUAAUAUCUGAUAAAGUUUUUAAAUGAUGAUCUCAUUUAUUAAGGGAAAAGGCUACUGUUUGUGUCAACAUCUGCCAUCAAGCAUUUAAGAUAACUGGGAAUGAGUCUUUUUCUUUGAAGACAUGUUUUAAUUCAGUCACAGUGAAGGGUUUUGGUUCAUAAACAGCAGGUUUUAUGGUCUUGUCACAACAACUCUAUUGGUGUUGGACUUGCUGGUAUGCUUUGAAUCAUUUUCCUGCUGCAUAACCCAAGUGCUCUUGAGGAUAACAUUACAAACUGAUGGGUGGAUGUUCUUCAGGAUAUUUGGUAUAGAACCAACUAAUGGUUCCGUCCUGAUCCUGAAGCAGCAAAGCUCCCUAGACCACCACAGUGCCACCUCCAUGUUUCAUGGUGAGCAUGAUGUUCUUUCUCUGAGAUGCCGUGUUAGUUUCAUGCCAGAUGUAACUGCACACACACUUCCAAUCUGCUCUUGUCAGUCCACAGAAUAUUUUAGGGAUCAUCAAGAUGGUUUUCGGCAAAUGUGAGACAAGGCUUUGUGUUCUUUUCUGUCAGUAGUGCUUUUCUCCUGUGAACUCUCCCAUGGAUCUGAUUGUUGAGUCUUAAACACUUACCUUAACUGAGUGAGGCCUUAUUGGUAAGCUUCACCAAUGUUGCAUGUUUUCUCCAUUUGUGGAUUACUUUUUAAACAGGAGCAGAUCUCUACCAUAGUUUUUUCCUUAAUAAUUGAAAUCAUCAUUUGAAUUGAACUGCAUUUUGUAUUCACUGUGGUUAUAUUUGUCAUUAUUGUUAGUUUGAGUCUCAGAAAUGUAAGCAUAAUAAAAACGCAAAAACAGAAGAUAUCUGGAAAGUGAAUAAAUUCACAAUACAAAGUAACAUUCGUGUGGAAAACUGGACAAACUGUACAAAACCAAAGAAUCCCCCAACACAAUUUUGAUCCUAAUGUUAUCCUCAAAAUCAGCCAUGCUUUUUAUUUCUAUUAGUUGUCCUUCAAAUACUGCCUGGCAUAAGUUUUCAAUAUUUAUAACACAAUAAGGGUUAAAAGUAAUCAACUGAUAAAUUCUGUAAAAUCUGAUUAUGUUCAGCUUUAAUUUGUAGUACAUAGGGUUAAACUGUUGGGUUAUAUGUUGCUGAUCAUCUCUCAGAAUAAUUAAAACGUUUCUUCUGGUAUAAGAACAAAGGGUUUUAAAUCUGAAUUAAAUAAAAAUAAUGAGCAAAACAUGGAGGCAAUCCUUUCAAAAAAUAUGGCCACUUGUUAAAUGUUGUCAUUCAUCGAAGUUAUUUUUUUAAAAUCUAUUGAGGAAUAACAAAAACAUCUUCAUCAAAUAAAUGGACAUGUAAAAAACAGCUGACCAACAGGGGCUCCUUGACUCUUAUAUGGUUCAUAUCAACAUCAUAAUCACAAACCUUCACCCUAAAUCCCACUUUUUGUCCCUCCUCUCACCAUCACCUCUGUUCAGUUUCUCUUAUUUUUUUUCUUUUGAGUUACUUGCAAUUUUUUGCUGUACAAAGUGUUUAAAAUAUUAUUUGUAUUAUAUGAUGUUAGUAUGGUAAUGUUCUUUAUUAAGGAAGAAGAAAAUUUAUUUUUGUUACCGGUCUGUUUCAUAAUUCUUUUCUAAAUUGGUAUUGUAAGAUAUCUAUGCAAGAACUGUUAAGUGGAGCAUUUUUAUUUAAGAAUGUAAUAUGUGUAAUAAAUGGUAGACUCUG